AGUCAUUCUCCUGCGUCGUUUUAUUCCUCAUGACAGCGCGUCUUCUUUGUCCGACGAAGCACAUUUGAUACUUUCAGGAAAUUAUGUAACGUUAACAUUUUUUAGAUGAACUUUGUGAUCAUGGACGAAGGCUGAUCCACAGGUGACUCAUGGCAGCAAAAGGUUAAAAAUGUCCAAGCAAGUCAAAAAAGUCAGACGAGGAGAGAAACAACACCAGAAACCCACAGGAAUCUAUACAGAGCCAUCAUGUGACCUCAGGCGGCUCCAGGCCCUCCUAGCCAAAAGCAGCCCCAAACGAGAGGUGUUGAGUCACAGUAAAGCAGGAAGCAGCAGAUUCCUCAGCCCGCACCCUCCAAGAGACAGCUGCAGCGAGGCCUUUGAGUUGGAAAGAUUUAGCAUGACUUACAGAGAGCAGAGAUGUUUUAGCAGCCACCCGCUACAUAAACUCUUCUCUGACAUCCUCGCCUCUCUGUUGAAGAACCGCCUCUGCAGUGAAUGGAUCGACAUGGCGCCGCCCGAGUCGGUCCUCAGAGUUCUGCUUUGCCUGCGAUUGCUGAUCAGAGACCCUCAGCAUCAGAAAAUUUUCCAUCGUCUUCAAGGUGUCGGUUCACUUGCCAGGUACAUGAGCUGUGUGGCCGACACAUACUUGGCAUGUGGCGAGCAAGCGCCGGCUGCACAGUCGCUGGUCGCCAUGACCUACACCUUCCAGAAGCUAUCAGCAGCUGAGAACCAAAGGGUCUGGGUCAUCGAGAGCGGCGCUCACAUGACGCUGGUGAAGCUGCUGUCCACGACUGAUAGCAGCGUGCUGCUGGGAGCCCUCAUGGCGCUCUCCACCUUGGCUGAGAGUCCGCAGUGCAGGGACGAGAUCGGGGAGCUGGCGAUCGCUGAGAACCUUCUUGUCAUCCUGCAGGAAUACGACCUGCUGUCUAAGAGGAUGGCUGCAGAGCUGCUGAGGCGUCUCUCCCCAGUCCAGCAUGUCAGAGAUGAGCUGACAGAGCUGGAGGGGCUGCCGGUGCUGCUCAGCCUGCUGCACACUCAGCACCUCAAGCUGCUAUGGAGUGUGGCCUGGAUCCUGGUGCAGCUCUGCCAGGACCCCGACACCAGGACCGAGAUACGAAGCUGGGGGGGUGUGCAACCUCUGCUCCGGCUGCUCAGCAGCAACAGACGGUUUGUCUGCAACCGCUUGUCCAUCGAGAAGCCGUCGAGCGGCAACGCCGCUGACCACGUCCACGCAGAACCGACAAGAGAGGAGCUCAGCCCCCAUGAGGAGGUCAAUGACAUCGUGGCUCUGCAGUCAGCCUGCUGCACAGCUCUGACUGAGCUCAGCCUGGAUGACUGGUGUGCUCAUCACAUAGUGCAGGAAAAUGGAAUCUAUAUCCUGGCAAAACUGAUUUUACCACAAAGCUCUGGUCCAAAGGUGUCGUCUUUACAGUGCUACGCAUUCCGGGCCCUGCGCUUUCUCUUCAGUGUGGAGAGGAACAGACAUCGUUUUAAGAGGCUCUUUCCGACUGACCUUUUUGAGGUUUUUAUUGAUGUGGGUCAUUAUGUGCGGGACCUCCAGGCCUACGAGGGUCUUCAACUCAAACUUUCUGAAUAUUCUGAGGAAGAGCUGCAGAGCUUGAGAGAGAGCAUCACGGCCGUGGACCAGAACCGGCCCACGCUCAAAGUGAUCAACGGCUACGCCAUACUGGACCAUCUCGGCACAGGUGCCUUCGGAAGCGUCUUCAAGGUGCGGAAGCAGAGCGGUCAAAAUCUUCUGGCUCUGAAGGAGGUCAACCUACACAACCCGGCUUUCGGCAAAGACAAGAAGUCCAGAGACACCAACGUGGAGAAGAUCAUCUCGGAGCUGGCCAUUAUUAAAGAACAGAUGGCCCACCCAAAUAUUGUCAAGUACUACAAGACCUUCCUUGAAGAUGACAAGCUGUACAUCGUGAUGGAGCUGAUUGAGGGGGUUCCUCUGCUGGAGCGUUGCAACUCCCUGAAAGAGAAGCAGCAGAACUUCGGCGAGAACCAAAUUUGGAACAUCUUCAUCCAGAUGUGCUUGGCGCUGAGGUAUCUUCACAAGGAGAAACGGAUAGUCCACCGCGACCUGACACCCAACAACAUCAUGCUGGGCGAGAAGGACAAAGUCACCAUCACCGACUUUGGCCUGGCCAAACAGAAGCAGGAGAACAGCAAGCUGACCUCGGUGGUCGGCACCAUCUUGUACUCUUGUCCAGAGGUGGUGAAGAAUGAGCCGUACGGAGAGAAGGCAGACAUCUGGGCUUUGGGCUGCAUCGUCUAUCAGAUGGCCACCUUAGAGCCGCCCUUCUACAGCACCAACAUGUUGUCACUGGCCAGCAAGAUUGUUGAAGCAGUUUAUGAGCCGCUCGAAGAAGGAAGCUACUCUGGCAGGCUGCAGGACAUGAUCACAUGGUGUUUGAGUCCAGACCCAGACCAGCGGCCGGACAUUGUGGCGGUGAGCUCAAGGAUCUCGGACCUGAUGAUGCGGCUGAUGGACAGUCUCUACGCCUCCCAGAAUGCGCUGGAAAGGAGAGCCAAGAGGGACAGGAAGCGAGCACAGAGGUACUUCCUGGACAGGCACAAGAACUGCCCUUCAGUCCUGCCUCAGAAAGAAGCCUUCAUGACAGCUGAGCUUCCAGUGGUUUACUUUCCUGCCAGCUGCAGUCCAAACCAGAUUGAAGACCGUCUCAGUCUAGAUGAUGAGGAUGUGGAGACGGUCGUGGCCAGGAACGCUAAAGGAGACCUCCACGUCUCUCCAACGUGUCCCGGGUCUUCCCCGAUGCCUCCUCCCGGUCAGACGUGCCCUGAAAACCUCCCCAGGGGGGCGUCCAGGAGCCAUCCUAGCCAGAUACCGGGGCCACCUCAUCUGGCUCGUCUCAAUGCGGAGGAGCAGCGCUUCUACUCCAAGUUUCUCGCAGUGACAGUGCUUCUCACCUUAUCUCUAAGGGAGAGCCCAGCCACCAUUCGGAGAAAACUCAUUUUGGCCGCUUGUACCCGCAACCUUGUCCUUUUGGUCACUACCCAAAGCUCAUUACCACAGGUGAGGGUAGGAACGUAGAUGGGGGGGGUAAAUUGAGAGCUUUGCAUAUCGGCUGAGCUCCCUCUUCACCACAAUAGACCGAUGCAGUCCGCAUCACAGCAGACACCACACCAAUCCCAUCCCCAACCCGGAGAUGGCACUCCACCCUUUUCCGGGCGACAACCACGGAUUCAGACUGAUUUUCAUCCCAGACGCUUUUUCCCCAACCUACUUUUCCAAAAAUGGUUUUGUUUUGUUUGUUUUUCCAUGAUAUGACUUGGAAAAAAUAACUUUCAAACAAAAAAUCAGCUCUAUGUAUACUAAAAUGUCAUUAUUUUUUCCUCAUAUUUGAUUCAUUUUUUUUUAA